GCAAAUCGCUUCCAACUCCUCAAAACGCGCGCCAGGUACGUUUAUUGCCUGCUUUCCAUGAAUGCAACGCGCUUCCUCUCGGCUCCAAAAUGUAAAAUCACGCAGCAGUUUUGGGGGAAGUCUCGGCCCCUGAUCAGUGAGGAUCGGGGGCAGAGUCAAAAAAAGUUUUGUACGGGAUAUUCCCGCUAAGGUCCGCCUUCAGUUAUAAAGAAGACGCGGAGGGACUCAGACCAGUCAGUUCAAGGAAGAAGGAAACACUGCAUGAAACCCCUACUGUUUGUCACAUGACCUGAAGGUCUCAAUGGACUGGACCCUUGUUAUAGUUUUGCAACUCAUUUUCCAGCCAGCUCUCUCAGUCUUCUUCACAGUAGAUGCAGAACAAGCCGCUUACCAGUCGGAGUUCGGAGGAAAUGUUGUGAUGGGCUGCAAGUUCCAUCCUAAACCAUCAACUUCUAAAGCUGACCUGACGGUGCGCUGGCACUGGAUCACCCAAAACUCAGUGCAGGAAGUGGUCAAGAUAGUAAAUGGAAAUGAGAGCUCCGAUUCUCAUAAGUUUAAGGGCCGAGUGAGGCUUCUGACGGAGGAGCUGAAGAAUGGCUGGGCUAAGCUACAGAUAUCCAAUCUCCGAAUCAAUGACUCUGGAAACUACCAGUGUUUGGUUCAAACGGAAGAAGGAGCUGACUAUAAAACUAUAUCUUUGUCUGUUGUAGCACCUUAUAAAUCAGUGACCAAACGAAUUGAGAAGACACCAGGGGGAGAUACGGUGCUGAUAACCUGUCAGUCCGAGGGAUACCCUGAGUCUUCUGUUCUGUGGGAAGGCGGACACAUGCUGAAACACAAUGCCAGCACCACCAUUGUAACGACAUCGGAACAGCUUUUUAAGAUCACCAGUCAAUUACAAGUCAGCUCAUCUAGCAAAAACAGCUACACGUGUAACUUUACAAAAGAUGGCUACUCUGCAACGUUUCACAUUCCAGACGAAAUACCGGUCCCUCCUAAAAAUGAUGCUUUGGUUGCUGUAAUAUGCUUAGGAGUGAUUAUGGUUGCCAUUGCUGUUGGAUUGAUCACGUACCGACAACGGCGACAAAAAGGAUCCAGGACUGACACCACUCAAAGCACCAGGAACCUUCUGGGUAAUGAUCGGAUCAGGUCAUUGUCUCCUACUGCCUGUCUGCACAUAGAGAGAGAAAAUGAGAAGAUUUUCAAUGAAGGUCACGUGGAGGAAAAUCUGCGGUUGAGUCUGAAACACCAUUAUUCGGAAAUCUCUCUCAACGCAGAGGUGAGACGUCAACACAAAGCUUUCAGUGUGGAGGAGCUGCCUCACAGGCUGCUAAACAAUGAGGGCCACCCUGUGAGUCUUCAAGCUUUACUCCCAGAAGCUGGUGAGAAACUUUUUCUUGAGGGACUUCAAGGAAGCGGGAAGACAACCGUAGCAAACAUCCUCGUCUCAUCUUGGACUGAUGGGCCCAAACACUCCCUCACUGACUUCCUUGACCUCAGCGCCCUCCACCUUCUCAUAUAUGUCAACUGCAGCACCGCGAAGGGCGACUUGUUUCAAGAAAUAACAACUCAGCUCUCCCUCACGAAAAAUAUAUCAGCAGAAGAGCUGAGGACUUUGCUAAUCAAAUCCCGCAAUGCUCUGCUGCUCUUGGAUGGGUACAGAGAAGGGAACCACCUUUUUGAUGAGUCCUUAAGGAGGUUUCUGAGUGAAGUACAAGGUUGCAGGGUGCUGGUCACAGCUUGCCCAGGACAUUGCCCCAUGCUCAAGCAAACAUUCGGGACAGAGGGGUUGCUGAACCUCCAGAUGCCAACUCAGAAGUCAUGAGGUUACACAAGCUUGGGACCAACAAACACAUCAAGCAUCUGUACAUUUUUAACAUAGUGCUUCUUUUUGUAAUUGUUUUGUUUAUUUUUUAUUGUUGUACGUAAGCAGAUAUUUUAUAUAUUUCUAUUGUUUAUUUCAUAGGUUGAUUAAAAUAUGUCAUGCAAUAAUA